AUGAACGUCCGCGUGACGACGAUGGACGCGGAGCUGGAGUUCGCGAUCCAGCAGACGACGACCGGCAAACAGCUGUUCGAUCAGGUCGUCAAGACCAUCGGUCUGCGUGAGGUCUGGUUCUUCGGUCUCCAGUACACCGACUCGAAGGGUGACCUCACAUGGAUCAAGCUAUACAAGAAGGUGAUGCAGCAAGAUGUGAAGAAAGAGAACCCACUGCAGUUCAAGUUCCGAGCCAAAUUCUACCCGGAGGAUGUCGCCGAUGAACUAAUCCAGGAAAUCACUCUUAAGCUCUUCUACCUUCAGGUGAAGAACGCGAUCCUGUCGGACGAGAUCUACUGCCCGCCGGAGACGUCGGUGCUGCUGGCGUCGUACGCGGUGCAGGCGCGCCACGGCGACCACAACCCCGCGCUGCACGGGCCCGGCUUCCUGGCCAACGACCGCCUGCUGCCGCAGCGCGUCACCGACCAGCACAAGAUGUCGCGCGAGGAAUGGGAGCAGAGCAUCACGAACUGGUGGCAGGAGCACCGCGGCAUGCUGCGCGAGGACGCCAUGAUGGAGUACCUCAAGAUCGCGCAGGACCUCGAGAUGUACGGCGUCAACUACUUUGAGAUCCGCAAUAAGAAGAACACCGAGCUGUGGCUGGGAGUCGACGCGCUCGGACUCAACAUCUACGAGAAAGAUGACAAGCUGACACCGAAGAUCGGUUUCCCGUGGUCGGAGAUCCGCAACAUCUCGUUCAACGACCGCAAGUUCAUCAUCAAGCCGAUCGAUAAAAAGGCGCCGGACUUCGUGUUCUUCGCGCCGCGCGUGCGCGUGAACAAGCGCAUCCUGGCGCUGUGCAUGGGCAACCACGAGCUGUACAUGCGGCGCCGCAAGCCCGACACCAUCGACGUGCAGCAGAUGAAGGCCCAGGCGCGCGAGGAGAAACUGGCCAAGCAGGCGCAGAGAGAAAAACUACAGCUGGAGAUCGCAGCCCGCGAGCGCGCGGAAAAGAAACAACAGGAAUAUGAGGACAGACUGCGUCAGAUGCAGGAAGAGAUGGAGCGCUCACAGGCCAAUCUGCUGGAGGCACAGGAUAUUAUCCGACGGCUCGAGGAACAGCUACGACAGCUGCAGGCCGCCAAGGAGGAGCUGGAGCAGCGCCAGAACGAGCUGCAAGCGAUGAUGCAGCGUCUCGAGGAGACAAAGAACAUGGAGGCUGCGGAGCGCGCGAAGCUGGAGGAGGAGAUCCGCGCCAAGCAGGAGGAGGUGUCGCGCAUCCAGCAGGAGGUGGAGCUCAAGGACUCGGAGACGCGCCGCCUGCAGGAGGAGGUCGAGGAGGCGCGCCGCAAGCAGGACGAGGCGGCGGCCAUGCUGGCGGCGGCCACGACGCCGCAGCACCACCACGUGAGCGAGCAGGGCGCCGGCGCGGCGGGCGACGAGGGCUCGGCCGGCGAGGGCUCCGACGGCGGCUCCGAGUCCGGCGGCGGCGAGCUGGCCGGCGCGCCCGACGACCUGGUGGACCCGCUGCACGAGCGCCGCACGCUGGCCGAGCGCUCCGAGCGCCUGCACAACCAGCUCAAGGCGUUGAAACAAGACCUGGCGCAGUCGCGCGACGAGACAAAAGAGACGGCGAUGGACAAAAUACAUCGCGAGAACGUCCGCCAGGGCCGCGACAAGUACAAGACGCUGCGCGAGAUCCGCAAGGGCAACACCAAGCGCCGCGUCGAUCAGUUCGAGAACAUGUAG